GCGGCGGCGGCGCUCAGCCUCGGCACCACGGCGCUGGGCUUCGCCGCCCCGCUGCUGCUCAUGGCCGUGUGCUACUGCUGCGUGGGGAGCGCCGUCCGCCGCCACCUGCGGCCCCGCAGAGCCGAAGCGGCGGCCAGGAGGAGGCUGCUGCGCUUGAUCGCCGCGCUGGUGGGGGUGUUCGCCGGCUGCUGGCUGCCCUUCCACCUGCUCAAGAGCCUCUUCGUGCUGGCCGCCGCCGGGCUGCUGGAGCUGCCGUGCGCGCUGCUCGGCCUCAUCUCCCGCCUGCACCCCUACGCCACCUGCCUCGCCUACCUCAACAGCUGCCUCAACCCGCUGCUCUACGCUUUCCUCGACGGCCGCUUCCGCGCGCAGUGCCGGGCGCUGCUGGGGCUGCGCGGAUCCCGGCCGCCCCCCGCCGCCUCCUCCGCGCUGAGCGCUCCGACGCAGCGCUCCGAGCUGCCCUCCUCGGGGGGCACCAAGGUGUAGCGCCGGCCCCUCCUCCCAAUAAACGGCCUUGCCGC